AUGGGUGCAUUUAUUGCCAAGAUGCUGCUUCCCACAGUCAGCAGCCUGGUGUUCCUGCCUACAGCCAGCGUUGCCGCCAAGAGGGGCUUCCACAUGGAGGCCAUGGUGUACUUCUUCACCAUGUUCUUCACUGCGAUCUACCAUGCAUGUGAUGGACCCGGCCUCUCCAUCCUGUGCUUCAUGAGAUACGACAUUCUGGAGUACUUCAGUGUUUACGGGACAGCUCUCUCCAUGUGGGUCACACUUAUAGCUCUGGGCGACUUUGAUGAACCCCAGCGAUCCAGUAUAACCAUGUUUGGAGUGCUGACGACUGCUGUGAGGAUUUACCAGGAUCGCUGGGGCUAUGGGAUCUACUCUGGGCCCAUCGGAUCAGCUGUCUUCAUCAUAACUGUCAAAUGGCUGCAGAAGAUGAAGCAGCUGAGGGCGGUGUAUCCAGAGAAGACCGUGUACACACAGCAAGUCGGUCCGGGCUGCUGCUUCGGUGCUCUCGCUCUGAUGCUGCGCUUCUACUUUGAGGAGUGGGACUAUGCCUAUGUCCACAGCUUCUACCAUCUAUCUCUGGCUGUGUCCUUCAUACUGCUGCUGCCAAAGAAGAACCGCUACGCAGGGACGGGACAAAAUGCUGCUAAGCUCAGCUGCUUCACUCUCUGCUGCUGCUCCAUGUCCCCUGGCACUUCUAAAGAAAAGACAGGCAAGCCAAAGAAGUCGUCGUCUCGGACCGUGUGGACAGUCCCAACCGAGAAACUAUGGACACGAGGCUGUAGUACCCCCACCCUGCCUCUUUACAACCCCCCACCCUCCACACCUAUCAAAGGGACCAGUAUCAGCAGGCUCAAAGAGAUGAAUGGCUGGAAGUGA